CUUUCUUCUUUCUUUACUUUUUCUUUGCUUGGCUGAAGAAGAGAAGAGAGUGAAUCCAAGAUGUCCAAGUUUCAGGUGUGGUUUCCUGGGCUAUAUUAGGUUCCCCUUCACCAAUCGAUCACAUCCUGAGUGUGGGUUGGUCAUUGUAGAUAACUGCACCGAACGAGUUCCAAUGAUUCAGCUUGGGAAGGAGGGGCAUUGGUUUAAUAUUUCAGCAAUCUCUCAGGAUAAUAUGAUUCAAAUUCUGGACCCAUAUCUUUCCGAAAACCUCAAGAUCAACUGUGGCCGCAGAUCCUUGAAAAAUUUGACACUUCCCAUCUCUCCUUUUCUCUCUUUUAAUGUGGCCUACAAUCAAUCCCUGUACGAAUGCCCCUACAAUUACAGGAUCCCAAACAAUUUCACUACUUCUGGCUGCCGUAACUCCAAACACUCUUAUAUCGUCUACACAAACCCAGUCCAUAAUUUUCAAGGUUCUCCACAUCAGUGUUCACCUAUUAACUUCCGAGUGAAUAAGACUCAAACAAGUGUUAAAUAUUCGGAUUUAUUUCCGGGUUUUUUCUCGCUGGAAGUGAAUGUGACGGAUGAAUGUUUUGAUUGUUCUUUUGUGGGAGGCAAAUGUCAAACCGAUAGAAUGGGAAAUUUUAAUUGUUCAGUUACAGAAAGAAGAGGAAAUAAAAAUUUGGCAUUGAAGCUAGGCCUCGGACUAGGUCUCGGAGGAGGGUCUAUUCUGAUUGUUGUUCUAGCUUCUAUUAUUUGGCGUCGCAAGAAACAAAAAUAUACUCCCACAAGCUUCAAUUCAAGAGACAGUUCUUCCAAUCCCUCCUCGAGAUCAGAGCUGGAAGUGGGUGGCGCCUAUUUUGGGAUCCCCAUUUUCUCCUACUCUGAACUUGCAAAAGCGACUAACAAUUUUAGUCAUGAGAAAGAACUUGGAGACGGAGGCUUUGGAACGGUAUACUACGCAAAACUUCGAGAUGGGCGGGAAGUUGCAGUAAAGCGCUUAUAUGAGCACAAUUACAGAAGGGUUGAGCAGUUCAUGAAUGAAGUUGAAAUCCUCACGCGUUUGCGGCACAAAAAUCUUGUAUCCCUAUAUGGCUGCACUUCACGGCACAGUCAGCAGGGUCUCCUUCUUGUGUAUGAAUAUGUUCCUAAUGGUACCGUUGCAGAUCAUCUCCACGGUGAUCUAGUGAAGCCCGGUUCAUUAACAUGGCCUAUUCGUAUGAAGAUUGCUAUAGAAACAGCUAGUGCAUUGGCAUACCUCCAUGCUUCAGAUAUCAUACACCGCGAUGUGAAAACUAACAACAUUCUUCUUGACAGCAAUUUUUGUGUAAAAGUCGCUGAUUUUGGGCUUUCCAGAUUGUUUCCCACUGAUGUUACUCAUGUCUCAACUGCUCCACAAGGAUCUCCAGGCUAUGUUGACCCUGAGUAUCACCAAUGUUACCAGCUAACUGAUAGGAGUGAUGUAUAUAGUUUUGGAGUCGUCCUUAUUGAGCUCAUAUCAUCAAUGCCUGCUGUGGAUAUAAACAGGCACAGACAUGAGAUUAAUUUGGCUAACUUAGCAGUAAACAGGAUUCAAAAACGCGCAAUCGAAGAGCUGGUUGAUCCAUUACUUGGAUAUGAAUCAGAUGAAGAAGUUAAAAUUAUGAUAACUUCAGUUGCAGAGUUGGCAUUUCUAUGUUUGCAACAGAACAAGGAAAUGAGACCUCCGAUGGAUGUCAUUUUGGAGGAACUGAAGAGAAUUGAAAAUGGAGAAUGGCAAUUGGAAGAUGUAAAAGAAGAGAGAGAUAAUAAUGAUAUGCCCAAGAAUAUCCACGUACCACCAUCACCUCCAGAUUGUGAUAAUCUUGCUUUGUUGAAGCACAUCAGGGUGCCAUCUUCACCCAUAUCUGUGACUGCUAAAUGGGUUAGUAGUAACACCACACCUAAUGUCAGUAGCUAAGAUUUUAGCUCUCUUGAAGCUGGAUUUUUGUCUUUGAGCUCAUCUGUUCUUAUUUUUGUGAUGUUCAUAGAAGUAAAUAUACAAUAUGUGUAGGUCAAAGCAAAGCAAGAGAGAAUGUACAUUGUAAAUUCAUAGUGAAUGGAGCUUCUUCUUUUUCUUUUUUGUUC